GCUCAUUUUAACAUUUACCAUAAACUGUUCAAAUCAUUUUUCCGAGUAUAUGAACAAGGGUUAGGGUUUGCUCACUAAAUGGGAUCCCCUGAGCCUCAAAUUCCAAAUAAAUCCAUCAUCGCCUCCAUUUCUGACCAACAAUCCGCUGAUUUUCUGGACUCCCCCAUCUUUAAUUACAUCAACAAUCUCUCUCCUAUAAAGCCUGUCAAAGGGCCCUCAGAAAUUCAAGUCUUUCCUGUGUUGAACUCUCCUCCCCCAUCAAAACGAAGCCAUACACAUCAACAGCCUAUUCAUUUAAAAAGCCCCGAUUGUCAUAAUAUAUCAUUUCAAGAAGAUAAUAACACUGCUGGUCCAAGUCUGGAAAAAUCAAGCUUGAAAAGUUCCGAAAACAUCCUUACCAAAAUGACUGAUGCAGUGAACCAAAUGGAAACCUUUGACAAUGAAGAUGAUAACGUGUUGGCAUCAUCUACACAUGUUGAGAAAGUACAAGAGGAGCAUGAAUUGUCCCAUCCCAAAUCUGUUGAUAACGAUGGAAAAAGCAGGAGCUGCUUGCAAUCUAAUAUUUGCGUAAAUGGUGCAUCUGUGGACCAGCCAUAUGACCAACCACUAGUGGCCCAGGUCGGCAAAAGCCAACUUGGCAAGCGUAGACGUCUUCAAUUUGAGGUAGCUCAAGACAGUAUUGUUGAAAGUGAUCCUCACGUUCAAAAUUCUUCCAAUACGGCUGCAAUAUCAGAAGUUGUAGAAUCUUCUGUGCUUCAAACUACUAGAGGUUCUACUGUAAAUGUUUCGAAGCCCUCAGGUAUAGGCUUGCACUUGAAUAGCAUUGUUAAUGCCAUGCCUUUGAGAUAUCUGAGUGGUGGACGGAAAAAGUUGACAUCUGUUAGUUCUCAAACGCAAGAUAACAUGCAAUUGCCUUCAAUUUCACCCAAUUCAAAUUUAGUGGAGAAUGUUUCAGCUACAAGUGAGGAAUAUGCACAUCAUACUCCUUAUAGUAAUUCAGAAUCCAUGAAAAUAGUUGAAUAUCGAGAACAGUUUGACCAGGGAAGCCUUAACUCUGCACAAGUUGAGGCGUACGGCAGAUCAAAUCCCAAAAAGAAGAGAAAGAAGACAGAGAGUAGUGGUGAUGGUUGCAAAUUCUGUAAUUGUAAGAAGACCAAGUGUUUGAAACUAUACUGUGACUGCUUUGCUGCUGGAAUUUAUUGUGCCGAUUCUUGUUCUUGCCAAGGCUGCUUCAACAAACCCGAAUAUGAAAAUACUGUUCUUGAGACACGUCAGCAAAUUGAAUCACGGGAUCCACUCGCAUUUGCUCCGAAGAUAGUUCCUCAUUCUACAAAAUCUCCAAGAAGCCAGAUGUUGGAUGAUGGAGAUCAAGUGACACCUCUUGCAGCAAGACACAAAAGGGGUUGCAACUGCAAGAAGUCAAUGUGCAUGAAAAAGUAUUGUGAAUGUUAUCAGGCUAAUGUUGGAUGCUCCGAAGGAUGCCGUUGUGAAGGGUGUCAAAAUACUUUUGGCAUAAAAGGAGCACCCAGCAUGGCUAAAGAAACUGGCAUGGAAUCUGUUAACGAAAAUGUAAGCGAUUCAUUUGACGAAAAAAAUCUCAAAGUGGGCCCCAAUAGGGCGAGAUCCUCUCUUCUAGAAUUACACAAGCCUCACAAUUUGUCUCCUCAGACGCCAUCGUUUCAAUGUUCGACACACGGGAAUGACGCAUCAGAAGCUCGUGUUUAUCCUGGAAGAUACGUCACGUCACCAGAAUCUGAAUGCCCUCCGUAUAUGACCACCACUCCUAAAUCUCCCAAUAAUUCUGUCAAAAUGGAUCAAGAAUCAUAUCCCGAUGGUGAAUUUAUGGAUGAAUUCUCACCUGGAGACUGGUCAACCUCAAGAGCUCAAUAUCUACCUCCUACCCGUAUGAGGUUUUCUCCCCUUGGUUUCCACGGCUCCUCUGUGACUUUGUUUAGUGGGGCAAAACCGUCUUGUAACAUCAGUGACGAUGAUACGCCCACUAUACUAAAAGACUCUGCUAUCCAACAACAUAAUAAGGUGAAAGUCGCAUCGUCAUCACCAAACAAAAAGCGAGUUUCUCCACCUAGAAUUCGGUUGCAUGAGCUUGGUUCAAGCACUUUGAAAAGUGGCAGGAAGUUUAUCUUGAAGGCGGUUUCUUCUUUCCCGCCUCUCACUCCAUGCAUUGAUUCCAAACAGACUUCAAAUCAUCCACCUCCAGAUGACACCCUUUAAACUGCUCCAUUUUAAAGAAUGAUUUUUUAGUCAACUUCUACCAGAUGCUUUAUAUUUCUGAGCACAAAAGCAGUCUUCAGUGAAAAAUAACUCUGCUUGCUUACGACUUGUUUCGCGUAGGUUGCAAAAUAUCCUAACUGCAACCACACAAUUUGUUAUCAAGCAACAAUUCAAGAUGUUUCUGGAAGUCUUCUUCACCCCAUCCCACCUUGACCCUGCUAUUUUUUCCAUCUUUUUUCAAGGACAUGAAUCUUUUAAAUCAGUCAAAGCGAAAACAAUGUGAAUUUGUCGUAUCUUGUGGCUUCCAUAGCUGGCCAAAACUGGGCUUAUUUAUUUGUUAUUGAAAUUGCUAUGAGCAAGAUACUCAAUUUGGUGCCAUUUUUGACUUAAGAUAUCAAUGAAUCUAUAUUAAGCAUUUU